AUGCCCAUCUCGCUGCCAGCUGGAGCAGUCUCAUCGGCGGUGGCCAUUCGACGGCGCGGCCGUCCAAAACGACAAUUCUUUACUGAAAGCACGUCCGAACCAGUUCUUCAAACCGACUCUGCCGAUGCAUCUGAUCUGGCGUCAGAUACCCAAAGCCUAGCUCCUCCACGUACUCGGCUCCCCACACCGAUCACGACUACAGUGUCUUCAACAAAUUCUCUGUCAGAGUCUGUGUCAUUGAAGAGCAAAUCAGAGGUGGCAUCCCGUUUAUGGCCACAGGGGGAAAGACCUGCUUUUGCUCUACGGCAUGCCAUCCUACGUGCAGCCCUACCCGUACAAUUGCCUUCUGAUGCCAUAGACAAGCUCGACUUUACCUCAUCAGCAUUUCCGAACAUUAUUUGGACAUCGCAAGCCCUUCGCAAAUCUGCUCGAAUGCGCCUCCAGCAGAGCACGAUGGUCCAUUCGCAUAUUGAGGUGCUUUCGCUCCCUCGAUACUUUGACAGUCUGGUUGAAAUGACCGUCGGACAGAUCCUUCAGAAGGAAUGUACGGUAUGGACAGCUGCAGAUGUAGAUCACCCCAAUCCUGUUACACCAACUGUCCUCAGCGUUUCGCCCAUGAUUCGACAUCAACUCCAUAAUAUUGCCUCCACUUUCGCCAUAACCGCUUCUACAAUGCAGAUUUGGCUACAAAUGUGGGAGUCGACCGAUCCCCAUGCUCGAUAUGUGGUUGAAAACCUGCCCCAUCGAAGAGCCACCCGCCGUACAAUUCAGCAGGCUCUGAAGACUGCUCAAGAUCGACUUCAUCUUGAUAAGGAUCCUCUGGUGGCCAUCCAAAUAAUGGCCGAGUCCAGUCCAAGCUCGUUUCUACAGUGUCGCUAUCCAGAUUUGAGGGGCGACGACCCAACCGCAUCAGAAAUUGAGAAGUCUGACAGGUUCGAAUGCGUUGUCGCACCGCCUCAUGCGCUAGACAUGGCCAUACUACACAGUCUAGAGGGCGGUUUGGGUCUGGAUUCCAGCUUCAGACACAAGAACGACGAUCGCUGCCCCCUCACUCUGUUAGUGGUGGUAAAUGAAGCACACCAUAUGGAGCCAGUGGCAGCCAUGGUGUCAAACUAUCAUGAUCACGAGGCUUAUCGAUGGCUGCUACAUGGCUUCCGCAAGGCAAUCGAAGCCCGAGCCAAGCUCCUCCUGAAGGGCAAAGUAACGACAACCAUACCAGAUGAGGAAGGACCGCGGGCCACCCUCCUACGCAAUUGCCGAAUCAUCGUUGAGGACGGAGAUGACGCUGAACGAAAGGCUAUUCGACAAGAAUGGCCCUUUGUUGCGAUAAGGAUGUGCCAGUUUCAUUUUAUUCAAGCCGUUCGAGGACGGCUUCAGAGGAUUUUUGGCAGAAGGGAGAGAGGUGGCUGGAUCUCAGAACAGAUUCUCGAUGCCAUUCGAAGGGCUCAAAGAUGUGACUAUCGGACCAAAUGGCCCGAGUAUUAUGAGGCUUUAAAGCAGGAAGUCCUUCAACUAUGUGGACACGAUUUGGAGGCUUGGAAUCAUCUUCAUCAGUAUUUCCACCGAGAGUGGUUUUCUGAGAGGUGGCUUAUGUCUGUUAUCGACAUGGGACUUCCUCCUUUCAUAGACAACAGGGACGGGCCUUGGUCGACGAACAAUUUUGUAGAGGCAGCCUUCCGCGUCUUUGAUAAAGUCUUCCUGGCUUGUCGAAUCAACAGGCGGCUCGACCGUCUGCUCCAUAUACUUGUUUUUAUCUACUUCCCGUAUUACGAGAAGGGAGAUCGAGGCGAUCCUAGGAUCAACAGAGAUCUAGCUAAGCGGCUACGAACAGCAAUGGACAUCUGGGAGGAUGACGUCAUUCGAAUGCGAUACGAAUCACCGCUUUACUUGGUUCGAGAAUCUUCAGCAGCCGACGAUGUCUUUGUCACUGGUCGCCAAUACUACGUUGGGCAUGCCAGAAACGGAAGAAGGCCAGUCUGCGAGUGUGAAGCUUUCGAGUAUACUGGCAAGAGCUGCGCCCAUCUCCUGGCAUUGAAGAUUGUCAACAGGUGCGGCACGGUCACCGAUCACUUUCGCGACGCAAAGGCAAUUGCCUCACGGCUCCCAGAUCCUCCCACGAACGAGGAAACGUCCGAACUCAAUGAACGACGCGAUUUCCAGGCGUAUUGGGGUAGUACUGUAGAUGCGUUGGUUGGUGAUGAGGGCAUGGACCUCAUGCCUUCCAAGCAAGGAGGUCAGGUCAUCGGGUCUCAAACAAUGGGACGCCCCGCGAAGCAACAGUCACUGCAUCCUUCCCGGCGCAAGCUCGGCAAGAAAACGUUAUUACGAAAACAAGAACUGGAUCGAAUCGGAGAUAUGCAGCCGAUGGGAGUUGUUCGAAUAGGAAACCAAUGCUAUGCGCUCAGCCUGUUCCAGGUCCUGAGUAACAUCCGUGUGUGGCUGGAAAGCACAGUUGAGGCUUGGCGCGAAGCAGGAACGGCGCUUUCGUCGUCGCAGGAGCAAUAUCGUCAAUUUGUAGGCGUUAUUAAUAGGAAGUUGGACGGCAGUGCGUCUAAUCAAACUCUUCCCAACCUGACCGCCGCUUUGGCAGAGGAACUGGAGCUCACAGCACCGCAAGGGUAUAUCCGACCUCAGGACGCCGAGCAAGAUCCAACGGAAAUUUUUCUAAAGCUCAUUGCUGUAUGGGACCGCUUCGAUAACAGCACCAAAUAUUCAGACCUGUUCAAAACCACCGUGUUAUCAUUCGACAGAUGCGACGCGUGCUCUGGUCUUCGGCUCGAAUGUCGUGAAACUCAGCACUAUUCUCUCAUGAUUUCGUCCGGAAAGUUUUUCGAACCUCAGAACGCUCAAUCAAAGGUUGUGGUAGAUCACCUGCUGAGCGAUCUGAAGAUUGAACACAAGCGAACCAUGCAGUGUCAAACACCCACAUGUGGCAUCAUCGGUCCUCACAAAGAGGUUUUGCGGCUGGGAAGCACCAGUCAGCUACUAACGGUCCAGCUUCGAUGGUCUCACAGCGACAUGGAACACGCAGGAGCAGCUGCGCCAUUCCACGUAGCUUCAACCAGGAUACCUUCUUUCAUGGAGCUCACAGAGCGAGGUAUGGACAAUGCUACACAGAUCUCGAUGUGGAGGAUCAAGGGGAUAAUCUGUCGAAUUGGUCCGCAGGCCGACACCGGCCAUUACGUAGCAUUGGUGCCCAAAGCCGAUCGCUGGUGGCUCAUUGACGAUCAUCGGGUUCGCCUAGCGUCAUCUCCCGUUGAUGCAUGGCGUGAGGGCAGGUAUCCAUUGAUGCUUAUAUUUGAAAGGAUAGAGAUUCGAAAAGCACAGUCGACUGGUUUCAAUUUGGCGCAGACUGACACGAUCCGAACAGAGCUAUCAAGAGCACAUCAACCGAAACAACUGCGCUCCUUGGUGACCGUAUCAGACCACAAUCAAGUCAUUCUCAGGGAUAACCCAUCCAUGGAACCGUAUCUGAUGCGAUUACGGGCCUUGAAUCUCCAGACCUCUCGAAUAGCUCCGAUGGUGCCGGUCUGCUCCUCUCAGCUCGCGGAGAAAGUUCGUUCUCUUUGCGCUCCAUUACAUACCUUCCUGCAUGCUCACAAUCGCGCGAAAUCGGCUGCAUUUGCCAAAAUUGAUCAAGAUUUGGGGUGGCAAACAGAGGAGGAGCUUGAGUCGUUCUUCUUCGGAACGACCUUGUGGUCAGCACCUUUCAUCAACUUCCUCUGUAAUUUGCGAGCGCGGGCGUCGACAACCAGACUUGCAAAUGGAGCAGUCUUUGUGCCAGAGCUUUUCUCCUUCGUCGCACGCAAAGGAGGAAUCCAGCUCAAUUGGCAGCGUCAUCAACCUUUUCCCUCUUUGGGAAAAGAUUCACGCUGGAGAGACAAGCUCUUGGUCAGUGUUGUCGGUGUCAUCACAAAGGCUUGGCCGCAUUUACUCGAUUCUCGUCUCGAAUGGGAGGCGGGGUCAGGGCUUGUGGAACCAGAAUUCAACACUGGAUGGCUUUAUGGAACGAACACCGCGGUCGGUCAAAGCGGUGGAGAUUAG